ACUGACAGAUGGUAAGCCUCUUUGGUCUUUCCUAAAAUAUUACAGCUAAAUCAACAGCCUGUGUUUUGUCCCUCAAAAAACAUUAUACAGAGCUAAACAUUCCUGGCACGAUCCAAAUUUGGCGUGUAAAUUGUAUUAUUUGGGGCCUAAAAUGGCGGAAAACUAUGCAGAGUAGUGCUGGAUCUGGAGGCAUAAUUUAAACAGGCGAAAAGGGGCAAAACAUCAUAGAUCAUAGAGUUUGCAUGAGAUCUGUGCGGGAAAAACGAGAAUUGAAUUUGGGAAGGGUAUAGGAGAAGUGGCAAACUGGGGAUAGAAGAAGGGAGGGGUCGCUUCGUGCGAUUCGACGAAGUGCCAUCGCCGUCGCAUCAGAUGGCGGAAGGCAUCGACCUGAGCUCCACGCUCGCCGACAUUGACGGGCAGCUCAAGGAUCAUUUCCGAGCCCUUUCAAAUGGGUUCCAGAAACUGGACAAAAUUAAAGAUCCAAACAGGCAGAGCAAGCAGCUUGAGGAGCUUACUGGAAAAAUGCGUGAAUGCAAACGGCUAAUUAAAGAAUUUGAUCGAGAGUUUAAGGAAGAAGAGAGUAAAAAUCCACCUGAAAUCAAUAGGCAACUAAAUGAGAAAAAGCAAUCAAUGAUCAAAGAACUGAACUCUUAUGUUGCAUUGCGGAAGACGUAUGCAAAUUCUGUUGGAAAUAAAAAAGGAGACCUUUUUGAAGGUGGAACUGGUGGUGGUGAGGCCUUUGCAGAAGAAAAUGUCAUAGCAGCAUCAACAAUGAGUAAUCAAGAACUUGUUGGGCAUGGAACAAAAAUGAUGGAUGAGACUGAUCAAGCCAUAGAUCGAACCAAAAAAGUAGUUGAAGAAACUGUAAAUGUUGGGGCACAGACUGCAGCACAACUGAAGGGUCAGACAGAACAAAUGGGCAAGAUUGUGAAUGAGCUGGAUACAAUUCAGUUCUCAAUAAAAAAAGCUUCUCAACUGGUGAAGGAGAUUGGGAGACAGAUGGCCACAGAUCGUUGUAUUAUGGCCUUUCUAUUCUUGAUUGUCUGUGGUGUGAUAGCUAUAAUUGUUGUUAAGAUUGUGAACCCAAAGAACAAGAAUAUUCGUGAUAUUCCUGGAUUGGCACCUCCUGCUGCUAGCCGCAAACUAUUAUGGAGCCUUGAUGAUACUAUUUUCUAAUGAUGUAGUGGGAGAUUUAGGUAUAUGUUAUUCGCAGGAGAUCCUUCAGGCAUUUGGAGUCGUGUAUUUAGCAUUGUUGUGUUGGAGUCUACAAUUAUGCAUUUUGAUUUGUUAUUUCACUACCUGUGUGGGCAUCCAGUGUAGUAACCAUUUGACCCAGUUUUCUAUUGUUGGAUCUUUACUAGAACAGAUGCUGUAGGUGAUUCAUUUAUCCUCUUUAUUCAUUGAUAAAAUGUAGCAGUUUCUUGUUGUUCAGCGUAAACCAUGUUUGUACUUAGUGUAAAUUGAUGUUUUGAAUUUGUGAUCGUA